AUGAAGAAAAACUAUCAAGUAUUGUUUGUUGAAAAUAUUGAAGAGUUUGACAUUGAUGUCGUCAUUAAGCGAAAGUGUGACAUGUUGGUUGUGUUUGAUGAUAUCUUUGGUUCUGUUGCCUUUCCCAGCAGCUUGGAGAAAUUACACAAAGUGUUCAAUGCCUUGGUUGAUAUAUUACUGCGCUUAUCACGGGACGAGGAGCUAACAGCCAAGGAAGAAAGAAAGAAGGAAGUGAAGAAAAGUGUGAUGAAGAAGGAAGAUGAAAAGCAAUGUGAUGAUGAAACGACAAAAAAAUGCAACUACAACCUUCGCUUCAUUUUCACAUCCAGAAACUACAACUGGAAUGAGGGUUGUAAAAGACUACAUCAGUUCAAAGUAAAUCUGUUUAAACCUGAAACCAUUGUUGAUAUGAUUAAGACAUGUUUAACCAUUGAAGAAAAGAAACAGAUCAGGACAUUGUUCAGGACCAGAAGCCAAAUCUGCAGUAUCUCCGAUAAGGACAUGAAAGCUAUUACAGAGUUAAAAGACGGCGUGUUUGGAUAUCCUUUGACCUGUAAACUGUACUUCACCAACCCAGUGUUCCAGAUGCACAGUCUUGGGGACUUUUUCCUGAAACCAGUGACAUACCUGAGAGGUGACCUUGACACCAUUGUCCGUGAAGGCAGCAGCAGAUCGGCUGCUCUGAUUCUCCUGGUCCUGUGUGGAGGGAAACUGGACCUUGCCUCCUUGAUGUGUGGGACAGACAAGAAGGUCACAGAUCUGUUUCAUGUUGUAAAGGAGAAGGUAGCACCAUGCACUGAUACAGACAUAGAAAGAGAGAUAAGCAAUUUUACCGGCACCUACUGUGUCGUGGAGAAUCAUGUAGCCUCCUUUUCACAUCCAUCCAUCCACGAUGCUGCCGCAUGUGCUUUUGGGAAUCUCAACAGUGUUUUAUUAGUAAAACACUGUUCCCUUCAGUUUUUGUCUGAAAGAGUUAAACCAAGCAUGACUGAUGCUCGACAGACAACCAAAGCUGAUGAUGUGACAAACAUGAUCUACAUCACUUCUGGUCUUUACCAAUUGAUGAUCGACAGGCUAGUGGAAGGUAUCCGUGAAGAUUGCUUCAGAUGGACAGUAGGCCACCCUGUAUUCGGAAACAAUGAAUUAGCAUCCUCACUGAUGACGGAACUGGAAAAUGACUUGCCUCAUAUAGUCCACCGAAAGGACAACACAUCUGGUGAAUGUUUUCUAUACUGGACUUCCCUGUCUAAUAAUGAUUUACUGUUUAGACAGUCACUAUUACUGAUGAGUAAAAAGGAAAAUCUCUCCCCUGAAAAUGUCAAAGACCUGUAUGAGAGUAUCACAGGGUGCAUAAAGGCUGGCAAGGUGGGGAACCUGCAACGUAUUGUUGAUGUGCUAAAGCAUCAUGGAGAAUAUCAUGCAGACCUAAGGACGACGGCAGACAAAACACUGCUCAUAAUUGCUGCAGAGGCUGGACAGUUGGAUGUGUUCAACCAUUUACUGCAAGAAGGGGCAAAUGUGUCAGUGAAGGACAGGAAAGGAAACAGUUGCCUUCAUCAUGCAUGUAUUUCAGGAAAAAGAGACAUUGUGAAAGUUGUUGUUGAAAAGUUUCCAGGUAUGAUUGAUGAUUCGAAUUUUCGAGGUCUUACAUCUACAAUGUUGUGUGCUGAGACAGGCCAGGAGGAGAUCCUCAAGUUCCUGGUGUCACAUGGUGCUGAUCUCUCUGCUAAGAUAUUGGGAGGUCAGAGUUGUUUACAUGUGGCGUGUGCAAGUGGUCAUUUAUCAACCGUCCAAUAUUUGUUGUCCUGUGAAAUUAUCAAUAUUAAUGAAAGAACAUUAUCAAGAACAACGCCGAUUAUGAUGGCUACUGAAAAGGGACACUCUGGUGUUUAUCACCUUCUUGUGUCAAAGGGAGCUGAUGUGUCACUUACUGAUGACAGGGGUAGAGACUGUCUGAUGUAUGUAUGUAAGGGAGAUAACGUGUCUAUAGUUAGACACCUACUAUCAUUGGACAAAAUCAACAUCAACAGGAGAGAUCACCACAACAUGACACCAGUCAUUAUAGCAGUUCAAGCUGAAAACUCUGAUGUUUAUCACCUUCUUGUGUCAGAGGGGGCUGAUAUGUCACUUACAGAUAACAGGGGCAGAGACUGUCUGAUGUAUGCAUGUAAGAGAGGUACCAUGUCUAUAGUUAGGCACCUACUAUCUUUGAAAACAAUCAACAUCAACAGGGGAGAUCACGACAACAUGACACCAGUCAUGAUUGCAGCUAAAGCCAGACAAUCUGAUGUUUAUCACCUUCUUGUGUCAGAGGGAGCUGAUCUGUCAAUUACAGAUAACAUGGGCAGAGACUGUCUGAUGUCUGCAUGUGAGAGAGAUAACAUGUCUAUAGUUAGGCACCUACUAUCUUUGAAAACAAUCAACAUCAACAGGGGAGAUCCCAACAACAUGACACCCGCCAUGAUUGCAGCUAAAGCCGGACACGCUGAUGUUUAUCACCUUCUUGUGUCAGAGGGAGCUGAUGUGUCACUUACAGAUAACCAGGGCAGAGACUGUCUGAUUUAUGCAUGUGAGGGAGGUACCAUGUCUAUAGUUAGGCACCUACUAUCUUUGAAAACAAUCAACUUCAACAAGAGAGAUCCCAACAACAUGACACCCGCCAUGAUAGCAGCUAAAGUCAGACAUUCUGAUGUUUAUCACCUUCUUGUGUCAGAGGGAGCUGAUGUGUCACUUACUGAUAACAGGGACAGAGACUGUCUGAUGUAUGCAUGUGAGAGAGAUAACAUGUCUAUAGUUAGGCACCUACUAUCUUUGAAAACAAUCAACAUCAACAGGGGAGAUCACGACAACAUGACACCAGUCAUGAUUGCAGCUAAAGCCGGACACUCUGAUGUUUAUCACCUUCUUGUGUCAGAGGGAGCUGAUCCGUCAAUUACAGAUAACAUGGGUAGAGACUGUCUGAUGUCUGCAUGUGAGAGAGGUAACAUGUCUAUAGUUAGGCACCUACUAUCUUUGAAAACAAUCAACAUCAACAGGAGAGAUCCCAACAACAUGACACCCGCUGUGAUUGCAGCUAAAGCCGGACACGCUGAU